CUCGCUUUCGAAGCCUGUGGUAACUUUUCGUGCGAGUCAGCAAAUUACACUUUAGAAAUGCCUCCUAAAUUGAAAUUUGGCGAAGGAGAACGUAUUCUAUGCUACCACGGUCCUUUGAUAUACGAAGCAAAGUGUAUGAAAGGGCAGAUGAAGGAUAAAGUGACAAGAUAUCUCAUUCAUUACAAUGGUUGGAACAAAAAUUGGGACGAGUGGGUACCGGAAAAUCGGGUGCUCAAAUUUAACGAGGCUAAUCUUCAAAAACAGAGGGAGCUCAGAGAACAAAACUUAAAAAGCAAGAAAUCAAGAAAGAGAACAGAUAAACAAGGAGGGGACAGUGAGAAACCUUUGAAACGCGAGUCAGUUGUAGAUGCCCCUGGGCCAGCACGGAAAAAGAGAUCAAGGAUAGUUAAUCCAAUAGAAAGUGAUGAAAACUACAUAUCACGUGUUGAUGUAAAAAUAACUAUUCCAGAUGAUCUCAAACAAUGGCUCAUAGAUGACUGGGAUCUUGUUACUCGGCAAAAACAGCUUGUCCCUAUUCCAAGGAAAAAGAAUAUUAAAGAAAUUUUGGAUGAAUACAUAAAAUCACGAACUGCUAAUCCUGAUGAAGGGUUCAAGCCAGGAGUUGUUCAAGAGGUUGCAGAUGGUAUUCAGGAGUAUUUUAAUGUUAUGCUUGGAACACAGUUGCUCUAUAAGUUUGAAAGGACUCAGUAUGGUGAUAUUCUUGCUGAACACACAAAUCUUCCCAUGUCUCAUUUAUAUGGUGCAGAACACUUACUUAGACUUUUCGUGAAGUUAGGGAAUGCCUUGUCUUUUUCCAACUUGGAUGAAAAAAGUGUUCAAUUUGUGGUUACGCACAUUCAAGACUUCCUAGACUAUCUGUCAAAGAAAGCAGAUAGUUUGUUUACCACAGACUAUGAGACUGCCACACCAGAGUACCAUCGCAGGGCAGCAACGUGAAGUAUUUAAAGACAGCAAUGUGAAUUAUUUUAUGACUAAUGACAUAAAUUUUCAAAUUCCAUGCACUCUUUCAUGUAAACUGCAACAGAAUGUGGUAAAUUAAACUUUUCAGAAGGAAACAUUUCUCAAGUUUUGAAUGCAGUGCUUUGUUUUCAUGAAUUAUACAGACUUUGUUUUAAAGUGUGUUAGUUUUGGACUAACAGUUAAUCUACAUAGGAAAGUUUUAUCUCUUCACUAGGCCUCCAAACAUGGUUAUGAAAAUUAUCUCUCUAUGAUCCCAUAUUUUGUAUUUACUAAGUAGUGUAUUAAACAUGCUUUGUGUCUAUAG